CGAAUGUAAAGUCAAGAUGGCGGAACAAGCAAACUGAACUGAAGUAUUUUUCGUAACGUUUUAGUCUUAAUUGAGCUUCGCGCUAGGCGUUGCUUCGUUAAAAUUUUGUUUUAAAAAGAUGUCUGUCACAUUACACACUGACUUAGGGGACUUAAAAAUCGAACUUUUCUGCGAGGAUACUCCUAAGGCGUCCGAGAACUUCCUUGCUCUUUGUGCAAGCAACUACUAUGACAACUGUCUUUUUCAUAGAAAUAUUAAAGGUUUUAUGGCACAAACUGGAGAUCCUACAGGAACUGGAAAAGGAGGAAAAAGCAUUUGGGGAAAGAAAUUUGCAGAUGAACUUAGCCCAGCACUUCGGCAUAAUGCAAGAGGAACAGUAUCAAUGGCAAACAGUGGACAAGACACAAAUGGAUCACAGUUCUUCAUCUGUUACGGCAAGCAGCCACACCUUGACAUGAAGUACACAGUAUUUGGAAAGGUGAUCGAUGGUUUAGAAACAUUAGAUGAUUUAGAGAAACUGCCAGUGAAUGAGAAAACAUAUCGACCACUUACUGAAGUGCGAAUAAAGAAUGUAACAAUCCAUGCAAACCCUAUAGCGGAUCAGAGUGGUUAACCUCAUCAAAUAACAAUGCAGGGUUUAGUUGAAUACAACUUGGGAGCACUUCUGCCUAAGGAGACCAGAAACAUUCUCAGAGAAGUUUCAAAAUCAGUCUGUGCUUCUCACUUGAAAAUGCAAGAGUCUGAACAGUAGUGUUUGAGGUUCAAAUAGUUUAUUUUGAAGCAAGUCUUUUAUCAUGUAACAUUUAUGGACACGGUAUACAAUGACUAUUGCCUUUCUUAAAAUGUUCAUCUCGCCAGCUAGAGAUGACUCACUCAAAUCAAUAAUGCUACAAUCUUGGCCUUGUGAUAACUUGCCUUAAAAAUAGUUCAGGCAGGUCUCUCUUGCAUUCCAUUUGGUGCUGUCUGCAUACAGUGGCCUUGUUGAACUGAAGAUGUUUUUUAGAAAACGUUUUAAAGAACAGAUGUACUGUACAUGAAAAUGGGAUCCAGCAUUUUCUCUCAUGAUAGCAUUCUCACUUCUCUAUUAUUUUGAUGUAAUAAAGAAGAAUUUGUCUUA